AUGGCGGAUUACGAGUCUGACAGUGACGAAGGUGAAGCCGGACUAGGAAAUGUUACAAGAGUAAUCAUGAGGCCCGUUGGUCAUAGCGGCAAAGCAAAAAAAGGCCAUUUGUGUUUCGAUGCUUCGUUUGAAACCGGAAAUUUGGGGAGGAUCGAUUUGGUGUGUGAAUAUGAAUACGAUCUGUUCAUACGGCCGGACACCUGCAACCCACGGCAUAGACUGUGGUUCAAUUUCGUCGUGGAAAACACGAGACAAGAUCAAAACGUUAUAUUCAACAUCGUCAACAUCAGUAAUAAAAACAACCUAUUCAAAAACGGGAUGACUCCCAUAGUGAGGAGUACGAGCCGGAACACGUGGUCUCGCAUACCGGUAUACAGGGUGCACUACCACCGAUCGUUGUACCACGACAACAACUAUGUUCUCAGCAUAUUGUUUUCGUUCGACAAGGACGACGAUAGCUAUCAAUUUUCGUACUCGUAUCCGUAUUCGUACACUCGACAGCAAACCUAUUUGUCACUGAUUGAAAAAAAGAAGCUGCCUUACUUCAAACGUGAACUACUAGGACAAUCGAUCCAAAACAAAAGAUUGGACUUGGUUACUAUUACUAAUCCAAAGAAUAUGAAUCCAACCGAAAAAGUACAUGUCGUUGUGAUAUUGGGAAGAGUGCACGGAUCCGAGACGCCCAGUUCCUAUGUCUGUCAAGGGAUCAUUGAAUUUUUGAUUAGCAACCAUCCAGCCGUGGUACGUCUUCGAAAAAAAGUCGUCUUUCAACUAAUACCGAUGAUGAACCCCGAUGGAGUCACUUUAGGAAAUUCUAGGACCAAUUUGCUGGGAAUCGACUUGAACAGAGCUUGGCACAAGAUAUCACAAUGGGUCCAUCCGAUAUUGUACGCUGUCCACAAUCACUUAUUAGAAAUCGAAAAGCACGAGAACAUGGAACUCGAUUUGGUAAUCGACAUGCACGCUCAUUCUUCUCUUCACGGUGUGUUUACUUACGGGAACGCAUACGACGACGUGUACAGGUACGAAAAACAUAUUCUGUUUCCGAAAUUGUUGUCCCAACACAUUGAAGGUUACGAACAAACGCAUUCACUUUGUAACAGAGAUUUUAAAAAAUGCGGAACGUCACGGAGGUUUUUGUGUCAAUCGCUGAAGGAGAAAGUCAAUUGUUAUACGCUGUUCGUAUCGCAGUACGGCUUCAGCGUUUCGCCGAAAACCAUGAUUCCGUUCACGGAAGAUUCCUUUUACACUAUCGGCCGGUGUGUGGUGCUCGCGUGCUCCGACUACUUCAAAUCGACCGGCGUGCUGACGCCGCAAGAUGUGGCCGUUAAGUGCGUCAAGAAACGAGAUAAGAAACGGAAAACCGUAUUGUACCGACAGCGCGAGGUUCACCCAUCGUUCAAGAGGAAAAUCAAAAAGAAAUCGUUAGCGUUGAAACGGGUGGAUAUCAAAGACUCGUUUCGCAGCGCUCUAACAGCCUCGCGACGCCCGUCCGACGACCCUAACAGAACUAAUGCCAGCAGGCGGAACAUGCGCUUCGUGGACUUGUCGAAGACCGUCGACAAUCGAAGGUCUUCGAUCACUGUGGACCGAGAGAACUCCGCCGCCCCACACGCAUUUUCCAUCAUAAACGUCAACGACAUCAUACGAGACACAGACGCGUUGCUCAAGUUUUGACGUGCUAGCGCUUCGUGACGGACACUUCGAACGUUUUCUUCGUAAUAUCUCUGCAGGAUACCUGCGGCGACGUCAGCACAUGUCUGAAUGGGGUGUCGACGGGGUCUCUCCCGAAGUAUUUUUUUUUUAUAUUAUAUAUAUAGUUUUGGUUAAGUUGUAAUAAAUUAAACUGUUUCUUUUUUCAAUAUUUUCAGUCUUUUUCCGUAUUACGGCUAAUUAACUAUUGUAUAUCGUAUAAUAUGUUAGUUAUGUGCCUAACGUAUUAAGUACUAAAUACUUGUAUUAUACAAUUUACAAAUACGAGUUUAUUUUGUAAAUCAUUAUUAUAAACAUUAUAAUUAUUUUGUUUAAGUAUUUUCAAAGUUUCAUAACUCGCUUCAAUCAAAAACGUUGAAUCCACCACUGACUUUAAUGUAAUAAUAUCCAUUUUGUACCGCGAUAACGAUAACGACAGUAAUUUGUAAUGAUUCUUCCUCCAACAUUAUUCUUGUGGUUUUUCUUGAUUAUAAAAUUUAUAGUAUAAUAUGUCACACACACACUUAGUGAAACCGAUAUUUUCACGAAGUGGACGUCCAUGCAAAUUUUUUUUAUUAUUAUUAGGUACCUAGGUAUACAUUUUUUCAUAAAAUAGAUAGAACAAUUUUAUCCGAAUAGUGUAAUGUUUGUAAUUCAAUCGUUGAUACUUUAAUAUUUUACCUACAUAUUUAUAGUUACCUAGCUUAAACAAAAACGAAAAUUAAUUGUUUUCCCAUGAUUUAAUUUUUAAUACU